GGAGGGAGACAGCGAGAGAGAGACAGGAAGAAAGGGCGAGAUGGGAAAGGGAGGGAGAGAUAGAGGGAGGGAGGGACAGAGAGAGAGAGAGAGAGAGGAGAGGUUAGAACAACACGUGGGACCAAACUGAAGAGGGUUUUUCAUUUAAAAGCGGGGAGUGGGACGGAGGAGGGAAAAGAAAAAAAAACAAAAAAAAAACACAGCGACGCAGAGCCUUGAAGGCCGGCGGGCUCCGGUUGCCACAGUAACACCUGUGCGAAGGAGGACCACGGGACCCGGCCUUCUCGCACGCGGAUGUUAAGCGAGCCGCUUCCCGUCCGCCGCGCUACCACCGCCGCGGGAACGCCGGCCUGACAGCGGGAACGCCGCCUGACAGCGGGAACGCCGCCUGACAGUGGGAACGCCGCCUGACAGCGGGAGAGCGAGAGCAGAGGAGCCGGAGCGCGGAGCGGCGAGGGAGGCGGAGAGACUCGGAGAGGAGGAGGAGGAGGAGGAGGAGGAGCUGUGCAGUCUGGGCGCUCCUCCCUCCGGGCCUGGGCGCUGAAUUCGGGCUGAAGGAUCAGCUCCCCGCACCGGCAGCCGCCUCCCCGUCGCUCUCUCUCUCUCGUCUGGCCGAGCCGACGUGACGCGCACCCUCGUCCCGGCGGCGGCGGCGGCUACCGUCCUCCUCCUCGGCGUUCGGAGAAGUAAAGCAUCGUGCCAAAAAAAAAAAACCCGCUGCGUUCCCACGGAGACGGACCCCGCGUGUGGCACUUCCUGCCCUCGCCGUGGGGCGCGUGCCUGGAGCGGGCUGGCACGUGCCACGUGGUCCGCGCCUCACCUGUGCCCGCGGCUGACUGACUGAGCGUGCUCGCGGGGGGGGAGCGGAGCUCCACGCAUCAAACAGCCAUCUGCCACGGAUCACGCCGAUUUCACUGAAGAGCCAGGCGGACAGCACACUGUCCCGAGGAGCCGGAGGUGAGGAGCCGUCCGUCUGGUCCUGCUCCGGAGGAGGAGACCGCUGAGGGGCGACGGGAAGGAGGGAAGGGGGGUUUCCGACGGGCGAGCGGGACGGCGGGACGGCGGCCGAGGCCGGACCGGAGGCGGGGCCGGCGGCGGCGGCGGCGGCGGGGAUGGCGUCGGCCGGCGUGCAGAUCUUCGCCUUCAUCCUGGCCCUCCUGGGCAUCUUCGGCGCCACCGUGGCCACCCUGCUGCCCAACUGGAAGGUGAGCGCCGACAUGGGCGCCAACAUCAUCACCGCCAUCUCGCAGAUGCAGGGCCUGUGGAUGGACUGCACCUGGUACAGCACCGGCAUGUUCAGCUGCACCCUCAAGUACUCCGUCCUGGCCCUGCCGGCCUACCUGCAGACGGCCCGCACCACCAUGGUGCUCUCCUGCGUCCUGGCCGCCCUGGGCCUCUGCCUGGCCUCCCUGGGCCUCAAGUGCACCCGCUGGGGGGGCGGGCGGCGGGCCAAGCGGCGGGCGGCGCUGGCCGGCGGCUCCUGCCUGGUGGCGGCCGGCCUCCUCUGCCUGGUGCCGGCCUCCUGGUUCAUCGACGAGGUCAUCUCCAGCUUCCUGGACUCCAACGUGCCCGAGAGCAGCAAGUUCGAGCCGGGCGGCGCCGUCUACGUGGCCUUCGUCUCCUCGGGCUUCCUCUUCCUGGGCGGGGCCGUCUUCUGCGUCUCCUGCUCGGGCAAGAGGCGGGGCCCGCGGGCGGACCCGCCCGCACUGGCGCCUCCGGACAAGCUCCUGCAGCAGCAGCAGCAGCAGCAGCAAUUGCAGCAGCAGCACCACCAGCAGCAGCAGUUGCAGCACCAGCAGCACUUGCAGCAGCAGCUGCAACAGCAGCAGUUGCAGCAGCAGCAGCAGCAGCAGUUCCAGCCGCAGUUCCCGCAGCACCUGCUGCUCCAGCCCCCGCUGCCGCCGCCGCAGCACCAGUACUGCACCCUCUCUCCCCUGGACAACCGGGCCGGCUACAGCCUGCAGGAUUACGUGUAGCCGAAACCCCCCACCCCCCGCCCCCGCCCACCCCGGAGGCUCCUCGGAUUUCCCGGGAAACCAUUUCCCCAGACGGAGGGAGGAGAGACGACAGAGGAGGAGGAGAAGGAGGAGGAGGGAAAAGGACCUUGGCGCCUUCCUCCGCGUCCCACCCCCCUCUCUUCUCCUCUCCUCCCCUCCCCUUUCCUCACCGCGCCCCCCCCCCUUCUCCAUAUCGCCAGGCGGCGGAGGUAUUCCCCCGAGCAGGCGGGCGGCGAACGUCGCCCCCGCAGCAGUCCGAGGGCGAGGCGGAGCGGGACGGCUAACCGGCGGCUAGCCGCAGAUACCGCCGAGAGCUAGCGAAUCGCGUCGAGGGGGGUGCGGGGAAGGUGGGGGGGGGGGGGGGGGGUGGGGUGGUCUUGUACGACUGAGCUAGAAAAGAAAGGCAUUUUUUUUCCUCCCCUUCUACUCACCAAAGGUUUGAACGGAAAAACAUAAAAAGAAAUCGUUUAGUCAUGAUUUCAUCACCUUUUCGCUCAGACCAGCCUCGCGGUGUCAUUCUAAUUAAGGCAAUAUUACGCGGUACAGCCUUGCCAGGCGAGCUUUUUUUUUUUUGUAGUUUUCGUAGAAGGUUUGCCAAAAGUAAUAGAUUAAAUAACCACGAUUCCUUCAGUGCUAUUUCGAUAGCCGGUAGAGUGGAGAAUACACUCUACCUUAGCAUGCUGCCUGGAGCCUGUGAAUUAUGCAGUGGAAUGCCUGCUAGGGGUUUGGAAGGUACAUACUAAUGCCUGCACCUGAGGAGCUUUGUUUAGCUAGUGCAUUAUGCUAAAUGUGUCUCAUAUUUGUGUCCGUAAAAAGGCAUGCCAGGAUAUACAACGAAAAAAAAAAAAAGAUUCCGCACAGGCACACACGUAAGCACACGUA